GCUGCUAUGGAAAGAUGCGAUCAGAAAGCUGACGAAUGGAAGCUGUUCCUGAGUGGUCAUUUCGGUAAUAGUGGCUAAAACAAACAUUGCACGAUAUCAACCCUCCAUAUACGGUCUCCUUUGGUUGGGGCAACAAACUGCUUAUGCACCGAACAAAUACUUUUAAAGAAAUGUCCAUGCUGUAGCAUUACAACGCAGACUUUCCUCGGCGUUUUCAGCUCGAGAGCUCCAGCAUGUCUAAGCGGCGCUCUUUGGAGAGGGGGGCCGGAGAGACCUCGGGCAGGGCCAGCAAGCUCCUCUGUCCUGGAAUAGCUGGAAGCAACGCCAAGAGGGCCGGUCCUUUUGUCCUGGGGCCUCGUUUGGGGAACUCGCCCGUGCCAAGCAUAGUGCAGUGUCUGGCCAGGAAGGAUGGGACGGAUGACUUCUACCAGCUAAAGAUCCUGACGCUGGAGGAGCGGGCAGACGCGGCCGGGGAGACCCAGGAGGAGAGGCAGGGGAAGAUGCUGCUGCACACCGAGUACUCCCUCCUCUCGCUGCUCCAUAAUCAGGAUGGAGUGGUGCACCACCAUGGCCUGUUCCAGGACCGGGCGUACGAGAUUGUGGAGGAUCCGGAGGCCAACAAUGGAAAGGUGCGCCGACUGAAGAAGCGGAUCUGCCUGGUGCUGGACUGCCUCUGUGCGCACGACUUCAGCGACAAGACUGCGGACCUCAUCAACCUGCAGCACUACGUCAUCAAGGAGAAGCGGCUGAGCGAGCGCGAGGCCAUUGUCAUCUUCUACGAUGUGGUGCGCGUAGUGGAGGCCCUGCACAAGAAAAACAUUGUGCACCGAGACCUGAAGCUUGGAAACAUGGUGCUGAACAAACGAACUCAUCGGAUUACCAUCACCAACUUCUGCCUGGGCAAGCACCUGGUGAGUGAGGACGACCUGCUGAAGGACCAGCGAGGAAGUCCAGCCUACAUCAGCCCUGACGUACUAAGUGGCCGGCCAUACCACGGUAAGCCCAGUGACAUGUGGGCCCUUGGCGUGGUGCUGUUCACCAUGCUCUACGGCCAGUUCCCCUUCUACGACAGCAUACCUCAAGAGCUAUUCCGCAAGAUCAAGGCUGCAGAGUACUCCAUCCCAGAGGACGGGCGUGUGUCAGAGAACACUGUGUGUCUUAUACGGAAGCUGCUGGUGCUAGACCCCCAGCAGAGGCUGACCGCUGCCGAGGUCCUGGAGUCUCUCAGCGGCAUUAUUGCCUCAUGGCAGUCAGUAUCCUCUUUGACCGGACCUCUUCAGGUUGUACCGGACAUCGAUGACCAGAUCAGCCUCCCAGAGCAUCUCCAGGAGGUGAAAAUGACGGAGGAGUCGUCGCAGUACGAGUUUGAGAACUACAUGCGCCAGCAGCUGCUGCUGGCCGAGGAGAAGAACACUAUUCACGAGGCCAAGGCCAGUUUCCUCGCCAAACGCCAGUUCAGCGCCAUCCCGCCUGUGCGGCGCCUGGGCCACGAUGCCACACCCGUCAGCCCUCUGGACGCAGCCAUCCUGGCCCAGCGCUUCCUCCGGAAGUAGCCCCUUCACCCAUCACCUUGCCCUCUGGGGGACAAGUGGGUUGGGGAACACAAGGGUUGUGUCGGGAAGGUACCCUGAAACUGAGAAUAUCUAUGGGAGCUUAGCCCAACCUUCCCUUGGGUAGAGGGGUCCCUAGCUGUAGGGAGUUAGGUAGGUGGAGUGGGAACAGACAUGGGGGGAGGGAGGAGGGGGGGGGGGGCAGAACUGAUCACUCACCUGACAACCUCUCAUAGUUUUCACACUUCAAGUCUGGGUGUCGGUGGUGUGCACAGCAAUGGCUUAGAUGGAGAAUCUGAAGAUCUCAACCAAAGGCUCCCACUGAACCCACCCCCCCCCACCUCAGCCAGCCAGCUAUGGGCACAUAUGGACUCAGCCAGCCAGCUAUGGGCACGUAUGGACUCAGCCAGCCAGCUAUGGGCACGUAUGGACUCAGCCAGCCAGCUAUGGGCACGUAUGGACUCAGCCAGCCAGCUAUGGGCACGUAUGGACUCAGCCAGCCAGCUAUGGGCACGUAUGGACUCAGCCAGCCAGCUAUGGGCACGUAUGGACUCAGCCAGCCAGCUAUGGGCACGUAUGGACUCAGCCAGCCAGCUAUGGGCACGUAUGGACUCAGCCAGCCAGCUAUGGGCACGUAUGGACUCAGCCAGCCAGCUAUGGGCACGUAUGGACUCAGCCAGCCAGCUAUGGGCACGUAUGGACUCAGCCAGCCAGCUAUGGGCACGUAUGGACUCAGCCAGCCAGCUAUGGGCACGUAUGGACUCAGCCAGCCAGCUAUGGGCACGUAUGGACUCAGCCAGCCAGCUAUGGGCACGUAUGGACUCAGCCAGCCAGCUAUGGGCACGUAUGGACUCGUACAGGCCAGGGGGAUACCAGACACGCAUGUGUGUGUUUGGACAUGAAAAGCCCCCCCCCCCCCCCCUCCCAUUUGUUUCCCUCUGCUGAGACCUGAGCAAUACAGGGCCAGAAGAACCAUGUAGCAACCUUCCUCUAACCUCCCCCUCAACUCUCCAAACUGAGAUCACUUAAUCAUGGACGUAAUUCACUCUCUUUAGUUUCCUCAUAACCAAAAUUAUCUGGACUAGUCCCGUCUCUAAACUGACGACUUCAAAUCUACCUCUCUCAAUCUUUAUUAUUAUUUUUUUGUGUGUGCAUUUUACACCAUUUCCACCAUUCUCGGAAAACAAGGAAUUGUCGGGGUAGUGUUGUCACCGUAGACAGAAAGCAUUACUAUGUUUUGGUGCAUAAAGGUUUGGAAUGUGGAAUAUGAAUAAGCUUUUUUCCUUAUGACUAAUAAGUAGCAUUCUACACUUCUAUCUAUUCUACAUUGAAAAUGCUAACUAUCAAAGGGUGGCCAAAAUCGCCUACUUCUGUCUUUAAGUCUAGCAGAUUGCAUUGUUUUCUUGCUUUUGCUCUCACCCCCCGUGGAACCAUUUUUUUUGCAUUUAGGUGUCAAGUACCUGGAAGAGCUGGAUGGGGCGGCGUUUAUUAGAUGUUUCAUGUUGAUCCUCUCUCGUUAUUGCUGUUCUAAUUGGCAUCUUUGAUUAAUAAUCACGACGUGGACACUAUCUUUUUUUGGGGGUGAGAAAUCAUGGCGAGUCUUAACUGAUUGUUAGCCAAGGAAAUGAUACCUCCCCCACGUUCACCACUGAACAACUUCCACGUAUUCAACUUCCCAUUUAUCCUGUGACAUCAUCAUUGUGAGACAGGUAUUGGGCAUGAAUGUGAAUGAAUGGUAAUGCCAGUGAUUGUCAGUGUGUAGAUAAGUGUGGUUUGGGCCAGGGGUGUAUUAGACAAAGCCAGGGCCUUUUCAGUGGUAGGUGCAGACUAGAGCCACGUUAUUUAAGCCCAGUAAGUCAGUGCAGACCCUUAAACAGAUCGGGAAGGAUGGCUAGUUUAUCUUGCCUGCCUCAGUUGCUUGCACACACUGAGAACAUACAGGCUUUUCUAAGACUGGCUGGACUGAAUGUGUCCGCUAUGAAAGAUGGGCAUCCCUCAUUUUGCCCCAGUCUUCGUCGUGAAUGCUCCAGUGCGUAGCAAAGUUUAAAAAAUCAAACAAAACCGCGAUGAUCAUAGCUCUCAAGCCCGUUUAGCUGUUGUAAGUUAUAUUGUAGUAGCUGAUCAUGAAAGACUUACUAUAAUGUUGAUAGUGAUAAUUGAAUAGUGUAAUAUUUCAUAGAGAAACUCAACAAUGAGGUUGUCUCAGUCGCGUUACGCACAUUCUUAAGCUUCCCUCUGCUGGCGGUGGCGUAGUGGUGCCAAACGUGAUCAAUCCAAUCAUUCUGCACAGAGGCUAACGGCUGUUUCGUCUAAAGUGCACUAGUGUCCUGGAAAUACGAUGACAUUGCUAAAGUAGGCAAGUAGGAAAAAUGUUUGCCAUUAUGUCCGCAAAUUUACUUUAGACAGAUGGCAAUGUUGUCAUUUGUUAGCAAAGUUUGUCAAAAAUAGCUAGCAAUGCUGCUAAGCUACUAACUCGUGAACAAUAUUAGUCAUCUGUUCACAUAAGCUUGCCCAUCUUUAUGGGUAUUCGCAUUGCUUAGACCUUCACUCUAUUUAUAACCAAACUGAUCACAUGGGUAGAAACUUGAGUCAGUUUCGUCCUAUUUCAUUGUAUAUUGUCUUUUUCCUCAAUUUCAUUUAUGUUUAUUUUGUUAUUUAUUCACUGUCCAUUUUCAGGCAUCAAAUCUAUUUUCCAUUUUAGCUUUAAGCAAGAAGUUUUCUGGUUCCAUUUGUUUCUCCAAACUUGAGCCGCCAUUGCAGUUUUUUCUCUCUCGGCCCAUCUUCAUUAAAGAUCUCUUUUUAUAAUUGUUUACCAUUGCCACACACUCGUGGUCGAUUUAAGCUACACUAAUAAUGAAACUGACUCUGCAUAGUUCUAUUUUUUACACAAAUAAUCGUGCAUUAUGAGGAUUUAUGGUAGUGAUCUGUUUAUUACCCGAAUCCCAGUUCUGUUUGUGCAGUUUUGCCAACUCCUGUUGCCUUGACAAUGACUAGCACAAACAGAUCUGGGACCAUGCCAACUGUUUAUCGCCCCAUACCAGACUUUUGGUCAGUAUGUAAAUAUAAAACCAUCAUUACAGCGACAGCACCAGUAGAGCUUCCAUCUAGUGGAACGAUACCAGCUCUGAUCAGGGGUACAUUCAGUAAGGUGAAAUGUUGCAGAUAGGAAUGUGUUGAAUAGAACUGACAUGAUUCCAAAUUCAACAUGACAGGAAAUCAUAUCUUCAUCUGAACGUUUUGUAACAUUGCACACUCCUGAACAACCCCGCUUUAACACAAAUUCUAUAUAGACAUGCAUUAGAGGCAAUGCUAGCCACCACAUUUGGGAAAAGAAAAAAUAAAUAAAUGUAAUGAGAUUUUGAGAUGUUAGCUUUUUUCCCACCUCAAUGUGAAUUUCUGGGUAUAAAAGCAGUAUUGUAGUUGAUAGUGUGUCAGUAGUUCAUAAGAAAAGGGUAUUUUGUGAAUACCACAGCCCUUGCUGAAGUUCAAGGCAAAUUUGUGAUCCCGUCGUACUUGAGGGUGACCAUAACCCACUAUUGGAUAUAAAUAUGUAGGUUUAUUAGGUAUCUGUAGCAUUAUCAAGAUAGUGUUCACAUUUGGCUGUUAGAAUUGUCCCAUUUGUCUAUGAAAGUUGUCCCCUUCAUAUAAGUUUUGUGGACUGAAAUCACCAUACGAAGCAUGAUGUUGAGCUCUUUGUAAAAUGUGAUUUUGCAUGAUUUUUCUUUUUUUUUUUAAACUUGCAGUGGUCCCACAAUUAUAAUUGCCUGAAAUCAACCAACCAGGAAGAAUUGGGAAUUUGAGUCUUACAGAAAAACCUAAUGUUUUUCAUAAUACAACCAAUUUUCAUUUAAUGAACAUUUAACUUAAGUUUUCAUUUUUACUACAAUUCAAAAAUAUGGGAAAUGUCUGUCAGUUUAACGAUGUAUUUGAUUUGCUGAAUAUUUCAACUGGAAAAUAGAUGAUGGUGUAUGAUGUGGUGGUAAAAAAAUGGUUGAAAACCAGCAGGAUUUGUUGUAAGCUGCUUUGUUGGAUAUGGGCAUCUAAUACAAAAACCUGGCUAAUUGUAUAGAGAUGAGAAAAAAAGUUUGUAUAAAAGACAUAUUUUUGUACUUCAUCAAAUCUCUACAUGCAUGUCAGCAAUAAACUUUGAUAUGGAAAAGUA